GUGUGGACAGAUACUCGGCCACCAAGCUCUUUCAGACGCUUCAAAGAUCCCGUUCCUUUUUUUUUUUCAAUACAAUAAAUACAAUACAAGAACAGCUUCUCUCUUUCUCUGUGAAUCUCCUCUAUUUUCAUUUCCCUCUCUCCCCAACACAAACUCUCUUUCAAAAUCUUCUGAUACCAUACAGUUUUGGUAGUCCCUCAAGUCUCUUAUUGGGUUUUCUUCUUUCACUGGAAUCCUGUUAGGACCCUGUUGCUCUGCCUCUGAAGUCUCUGCUUCUCAUACAUGUAUCACAACUGUCAGAACAUGAUCUCACCAUGUUUCUAGUGUAAAAAGUCCCCAUAGCCUUUUUUGGGUUUUUCAAAUCUUCUGUAGAGAGGAGAAAAGGGGGGUUGUGAUGGAUUUCAAUGAAAAGAAACUGGAAUCUGCAGGGGAGGUUUCAGAUGAGUUGAAGAAGAGCUGUGCUGAUUGCAGGACUACCAAAACCCCUUUGUGGAGAGGUGGUCCUGCAGGGCCCAAGUCCCUCUGCAAUGCAUGUGGGAUAAAAUACAGGAAGAGAAGGAGAGGACUGCUUGGGUUGAAGAAGAGAGAAGAAAAGGAUAAUAAAAAGGAGAGGAGGGAAGCUUCAUUGAAGGUGAGAUUGGUGGGGUUGGGAAGAGAUAUGUUGUUGCAGAUGCAGAGAAAGAGGAAGCUGGCAGAGGAAGAAGAGGCAGCUGUGCUGCUGAUGGCUCUCUCAUGUGGUUUUGUAUCUGCUGCCUAAUCCAAAAGCAUAUAGCUAAUCUCUCUCCCUCCCUCCCUCUCUCUCUCUCUCUCUCUCUCUCUCUCUCUCUCUCUGUUUUAUUACUGUGUUGGUUUUGUUCGUUUUGGUUUCUUUCAAGAGAGAGAAAGGGGGCAAAGAUCAACCGUCUAUCUCUCUCUUUACAGAUCGUUCAAAUGCAAGGAAAGUUCCUGUAAUGUAUAAUGUUACUUUUGGAAUAUAUGAGGAAUUUUGGAAUUUUGGCUUUAUCUUGA